AUGUUGGGUAAAAUCGCGUCGAAAGUGGGGUUGUUACAUAGAGGCGUUCAGCUGGAUGAUAUCCGUUGCCCUCGGUGCGGCAUCUAUGAUGAAGAUCCGUCUCACAUAUUCGUUAACUGUAUCUGGGCCAAGUCGAUAUGGUGGAACAUUUUGACUUGGAUGCGUGUCUCAUUUCCGAUGAACUGUACCAGCCUCUUGAACAUGCUGGAUUAUAUAAAAGAAAGGCCGGGUGCGAUUUACUGGAAGAAAACGGUCCAUACGGUUAUUCUAGCGACGGUUUGGAGAAUUUGGUUCGCUAGGAACGCUAAAGUUUUUGAGGAUAAUUUCAUUCCUAUCGCCAAAUCGGUGGAUCAAAUUAAAGAGGAUGCCUUCCUUUGGAUUUGCAACAGAUCGAAGAUUAUGUCGCGGAAGUGGGAGAGUUGGUUAGCGUUUGACAUUUCUAACAUGCUGUAA